AUGGGUUCAUAUGAUGAUUAUUACAUGAAUCCAAAGUUUGAUCCCCAAAAAGUUACCAUCGCGCAGCUGCGUGAAAUAUUAGAUGCUCAUAAUGUACUUUACACCGGUGGAGAAAAGAAGGCGGAUCUAAUAAGAAUAUUCAAUAAACAUGUUCGACCACUUAUACCAUCUUUACUAGAAAAGAAAACUCGAGCUUCAAAAAUAAAAAACGAUUCAUUACGUUCACAUUCAAUUCAUUUAUUGACACGUAGAUGGUCAAUUAUUCAUGUUGUAAUUUUUGCAAUGUUAUUUUCAUUUGGAUUUGCAAUCAUAUAUAAUGACGAGUUUUCGAAUGUUUCUACCAGUUACGAAAGAGUACAAAAAACUAAUUGGAUUCCUUGUCCAUCUAAUGCACAUUGCUCAAAUGAUAAGAUUAUCUCGUGUGAUAAAGGUUUCGUAUUAGUCUCAUCUUCAAUUCCCUGGCUCAAAUCUUUCACCAGUAGAUGUAUACUUGACCAUAGUCUUGCGCGAAGGGUUAAAAAGUAUACUGAGCUGCUUAAAAAUAUUGCCGCCAAAGAAGCUGGAAGAAUUGAAUGCGAAACUGGUCAUCGCAAAAAUUUAUCAUUUCAGAAACUUCUUAUUCAACUUCGUAAUCGGAAAUUUGAUACAGACCAAGAUUUUGAAUUACUCACUCGUAUUGUGUUGGAACACUUGAAAUCUGAUAAUGACGUUGAAGUUAUCUAUAAAAAAGAAGCCUAUCUUACCUAUAAAGUCAAUUUCAAAAUACAAGAAAUCACCAAGGAAAUUAUUGGAUCAGUAUUUACUUUAAUUUUGAUUGCUUAUUUUGUGGGAAAACUGAUCUAUUCACAAAAAACCUCAGAGACUGACUCUGAAAUUAAAGAGACCGACUCUGAAAUUAAGGAGACUGAAAUGACGGUAUUGUCAAUUUACAACUUAGAAUAUCUUUCCGUCAAGGAAUAUUUUCACCAGGGGCUUCCAAAUCGCACUAUUCUUGGAAUACUAAAGCUGAAAAUGCCAGCUGAGCUUGUUAAAGCUCAUGAAACAUAUAAAAGCCAGAACUUUCUUAAUCGCACACAUAGGAUGUUCCAUGGAACAAAAUCUCUUUGCGAUCCUCAACGAUUUAUCGAAAAUCCACAAGCUAAGUUUUGUAAGAAAGGAUGUGGAGUAUGUGGAAUCGCGCAAGAAGGUAACAGAAUAAUUUAUUCAAAGUACUACAAUCAUCGCAAAAUGUGGUUUGCCAAUAGUUCAAGCACAUCAUUUUCCUAUUGCAAUAAGUGUAGCUAUUUAUUUAAUUCCAAUGCGAACGCCAUGUUUGUCGUUGAUGUUGCCUCUGUAUUUGGUGGUUCAAUAAUAACGGUUGAUCGUGAUGUG